AUGGGUGAUGUUGUUGCGAAUAGUACGCUCAGUAGGCCAAUUUUGUUGAUCAAACUCUUACUCGUCGCAUUCGCACUAAUUGCCAGCGCAGCCGCCGAUGUCAGCCAUUUGAACCGCGAGUACUUGCCACCUGUACAACCUGGCCAUCAUGGCGGUAGUGGCAGUUCUCACUACAGCGCUGUUGGUGGUUCUGCCGGUUUUGGUUCAAGCGGCAGUUCCCACUUCGGUGCUAUUGGUGGCAGCGCCAGCGUCGGUUCAAGCUCUGGUCCCAGCGCCGGUUCAGUGUCAUACAGCAGUCAGCAACACAGUCACGAUUACGGACAUGGACAACAAUCGCAAGAGGUGCACGUCAGUUAUGACAGCGCACCAGUAGCACCAGCCCCAGAGCCAGAGCAAGAGCCAGAACCCGUAGCUGCUGCACCAGUCGAAGAUGACGGCGCCGUCUCUUAUGGCUCAUACGGUCAGGAUGAAGUGCAGCAACAAUAUGAAGGUGCUGCCGAGGUAGAACAGCAACAGGUGGAUGCUGGUGUUAGUGCUGCCAACGAUGACGCUGGUGCCGCCCAUGGUGGUGUACAAUAUUUCGACCACAACACCCUGUUGACCGACAGUUAUGGCAACAAUGUGGGCGCUCACGAAUCUCAUGUGAGUUUGGCGGCAGCACAAGGUCCCGCUAUUCGCUCGCCACAACCUGCAUCGUUCGCACCCUCCGUUUCUUAUGAUGCGGUGCAACAGUAUGUGAGUGCUGGUGCCGGUGCCGGCGCUUCGUCUGGCGUGGAGACACAGUAUGGCUCCAAUGGUGGUUAUAUCUAUUAA